UCUCCAAAUCCAGUUCAAUGAGCAGCAGAAGCAGCAGCAGCAGUGUGUGUGUUCCUGCUGGGAAGCAGAGGAGAUCACAGGAGUUUGGGUGCACCCUGUCCCCCACUCAUCACAGCCCUGAUAUGACUUGUUCCCCUGCAUGCCAUUGAAGGAACAGUGGAGUCAUUGUGGGAUUUGGAUUGUACUAGAAGGAAUAGCAGAGAGAAGAAAGUGCAGCCUUUGCAGUAACAUCGUGUCACAUGUGUAGUAAUGACUAAGGAUUGCACAGGAGAACCCAGUGGAUUGGAGAGAUCCCUCUCAGUGGAUUACUAAUGGGACUCUACAUGAGCUAGCCUUGAUUCUGCACUGCUUCUACAUGUUCCCAAGGGUGAAGUGAAAAGUAAAGUCUUUGAGCUAAACUACUAUGAGGUCAGAAGCUUUGCUGCUAUAUUUCACAGUACUGCAAGUAGCUGGGGCUGGAUUCCCAGAAGAUUCUGAGCCAAUCAGUAUUUCGCAUGGCAACUAUACAAAACAGUAUCCGGUAUUUGUGGGGCACAAACCAGGAAGAAACAACACACAGAGGCACAAAAUGGACAUACAACAGAUCAUGAUAAUGAAUCGGACGCUGUACAUAGCUGCUAGGGACCACAUAUACACAAUAGACCUGGACACAUCGCACUCAGAAGAAAUUUAUUUCAGUAAAAAACUGACAUGGAAAUCUAAGCAGCCGGAUGUAGACACCUGCAGAAUGAAAGGGAAGCAUAAGGAUGAAUGUCAUAAUUUUAUAAAGGUUUUACUAAAAAAGGACGAGGAAACAUUAUUUGUGUGCGGAACUAAUGCUUUUAAUCCUGCCUGUAGAAAUUACAGGAUGGACACACUUGAGUUUUUAGAUGAAGAAAUAAGUGGUAUGGCCAGAUGCCCAUAUGAUGCCAAGCAUGCCAACGUUGCUCUCUUUGCAGAUGGUAAACUUUAUUCUGCGACGGUGACCGACUUCCUUGCAAUUGACGCUGUCAUAUAUCGGAGUCUGGGAGACAGCCCGACUUUGCGGACAGUCAAAUAUGAUUCCAAAUGGCUGAAAGAGCCAUACUUCGUACACGCUGUAGAUUAUGGGGACCUUAUAUACUUUUUCUAUCGCGAAAUUGCAGUGGAAUACAACAGCAUGGGAAAGGUGGUGUUUCCAAGAGUUGCCCAGGUCUGCAAGAAUGACAUGGGAGGAUCUCAGAGGGUGCUCGAGAAACAGUGGACUUCAUUCCUUAAAGCUCGAUUGAAUUGCUCUGUUCCUGGUGAUUCCCAUUUCUACUUCAACAUACUGCAAGCUGUUACUGAUGUCAUCCAUAUUAAUGGCCGCGACGUUGUGCUUGCUACAUUCUCAACACCGUACAACAGCAUCCCAGGAUCUGCUGUCUGCGCUUACGACAUGGCUGACAUUGCCAGCGUGUUUACUGGGAGAUUCAAGGAGCAGAAGUCACCAGAUUCCACUUGGACCCCAGUUCCCGAUGAACGUGUUCCUAAGCCCAGGCCAGGCUGCUGUGCUGGCUCUGCGACAACAGAAAGAUAUGCCACGUCCAACGACCUGCCAGAUGACACUCUUAAUUUCAUUAAAACGCAUCCCCUUAUGGAUGAGGCAGUUCCCUCUAUAGUAAACAAGCCAUUGUUCCUGCGGACUAUGGUUAGGUAUCGUCUGACAAAAAUUGCAGUUGACUCUGCAGCGGGGCCGUACCAAAAUCACACAGUGGUGUUUCUGGGAUCAGAGAGAGGGGUUGUACUCAAGUUUUUAGCAAGGACUGGGUAUAGUGGCUUCCUUAGCGACUCUCUAUUCUUGGAGGAGAUGAACGUGUACAAUCCAGAAAAGUGUAACUAUGAAGGAACCGAGGACAAGAGGAUUAUUGGAAUGCAGCUUGACAAGCAGAACAAUGUCCUAUAUGUUUCAUUUUCUACCUGUGUCAUCUGGGUGCCUCUUGCAAGAUGUGACCGUCAUAUGAAGUGUAAAAAGACUUGUAUUGCUUCCAGAGACCCAUACUGUGUUUGGUUGCGAGAUGCGGGAACAUGUUCACAGCUGUCACCUGGUACUAAAGUGUCAUUUGAGCAAGACGUAGAGCAUGGCAAUACAGACGGCCUAGGCGACUGCCAAAAUUCUUUUGUGGCAUUAAAUGAAUUUUCAACUGCUCCUCCAGAUCAGGAAAUAUAUUACACAGUGUAUGAUCCCAGUACAACCUCCCACUCAAGAGGGCACGAGAGUUACGAUAGGGGUACUGUAAUGGACUGGAAGGACACCUAUGACUCCUCUGAAAACACAGACCCCCAUGUGGCUGACUCUUUCCAUAAUCACCCGGACAAAAAGGGAAUCAUUCGAGAAAGUUAUCUGAAAGGUCAUGAUCAACUUGUUCCUGUCACACUCUUGGCAAUCGCUGUUAUUCUAGCUUUUGUCAUGGGUGCUGUGUUCUCUGGAAUUAUUGUAUACUGUAUCUGUGACCAUCGCAGGAGAGAUGUGGAUGUGGUCCAGAGGAAAGACAAAGACCUAAGUCACUCACGUAGAGGAUCAAUGGCAAGUGUUACCAAGCUAAGUGGACUCUUCGGUGAUGGUCAGGGCAAAGAGCCUAAGCCAGAGGCUAUCCUUACACCAUUAAUGCAUAAUGGAAAACUUGCCACACCAAGUACAACCGCUAAGAUGUUAAUAAAAGCUGAACAACAUCACCUCGAUUUGGCAGCAUUGCCAACUCCAGAGUCUACACCAACUUUGCAACAGAAGAGAAAGCCUAGCAGGGGUAGCAGAGACUGGGAAAGAAACCAAAACAUAAUCAAUGCCUGUACAAAAGACAUACCACCUAUGCCAUCACCUGUUAUACCCACUGAUUUGCCUCUUCGUGCAUCACCCAGCCACAUUCCAAGUGUAGUAGUACUGCCAAUAACACAGCAAGGCUACCAACAUGAUUAUGUAGACCAGCCAAAACUUACGGAAGUGGCACAGAUCUCUAUCGAAAACCAGAACUCCACUCUAGAGUACAAAACAAUUAAAGAACAUCUCGCCGGUAAAAGUCCUAAUCAUAGUGUCAGCUUGGUGGACAGUUUAGAUAGCAUACCUCCAAAAGUACCACAGAGGGAGGCUUCCUUAGGUCCUCCAAGUUCUUCAAUGUCACAAAAUGGAAUGGGCAAGCGCAUUGACAUGCAUGCUUCAGCAUACAGUGUGGAAUACAAGAGAAACUAUCCUACAAACUCACUUACAAGAACUCACCAGUCAUCAACCCUCAAAAGAAACAAUACUAAUUCAUCAAAUUCUUCUCAUCUCUCCAGACAUCAGAGUUUUGGUAGAGGGGAUAACCCUCCUCCUGCUCCACAAAGAGUAGACUCUAUACAUUUCAAUGCUGCUCAAGGGCAGACAGUGACUCUUACUAGGCAGCCUAGUAUCAAUGCCUAUAACUCACUGCCCAGGUCAGGAGUGAAACGUACUCCCUCCUUAAAGCCAGAUGUACCACCGAAACCUACAUUUUCAUCAUCUAUUAUGCCCAAUGAUGCAUGUACAUAAUUGGAGCUGAAAGUUGGGAUACCAGCUGAAAAGAAUUUGCCAUUUUGAGCCAGUGUACUGCAAACUUCAUUGAUAAACUUCAGUUUCCAAGAAGGCUAUUGUUAACCUAAAGACUCUUUGGAAAGGAAAGUGAGAUAUUUUCUUAUGAAAUUCUGUGAUGUAUGGUUUAUGUUUGCAACUGCAGGACUUGCACACAAUCUAAACAGUUUUCACUGUUAUUAACAUUACCCCAGAACAUCACAUCUCAUGAGCCAAAAGCACAAAGUUGAAUGUUGAACGUUACCUCCUGAAAUUCCUCCUGGACUCCAAGGUGGAGAGUAGAAGAGUAACAGACAACAAGGAGAACUCGACGCAUGACUUCAGAUGAUCUCAUACUUAAUAUUGGCGGACGUUUACUACAGACAGAUACUGUGAAAUGCCCAUCAGUGUUACAGCCGCUUGAAUAGCAGAUGGACGACGAACUGGGCAUGGCUACUCUCGAUCUCUGCUACUUUUCUCUUUAUUGAAUAACAUGUGACCAGUUAACAAUAGUAACUUCAAUUAUUUAUUGUUCAUUUUGUCUUUCCUAAGGAAAUGACUGUCCUGCAAAUCACCUUCUGAGCAGCUUUGUGGACAAAAAUAAAGAAAUAAAUGACAAUGAACUUAUGAUCUUAUUUAACAUGAUACUGCUAACUGGAGUAGUUGAGUUAUUUUAUUAUUAUUUUUUUCAAUAAACUGUCAGAGGAAAUAAUUUUGAGCUGGCAUUUGUGUUUGGAUUAUAUUUUACUCUCCAUUUUUCAUUCCUUCUUUUUCAUCACCAUUCUUAAAAAAAAUAAAAUAAUAAUAAUAAUAAUCAAACAAACAAAAAAACUAACUCUUGCAGAUCUGGGAAGGGGUUUGUGACUUACUGCUUGAGUAUGUUGCAGAACCAACCAGAUUGGACAGGAUUAAAAGGGGAAUAUUUAUUUUUCAUUCAUUGGAAGAAAUCACUGGCUGGGCCUUUGAUUUAUUUUUAUUUUUUUUUUAUUGUUUUUUAUUUUAUUUUUUCUAACAAGCCAGGAUCUCAUUUUAAUUUGACUUCAAGUAUGAACUGUAAACUCCUCCUUGUGACUUAUCUUGCACUUCUCUGCAUAUACCAUUGCUGUCAACAUUGCCUUGUCAGUAGUGACAGUUUCUGUGAAGGCACUAUUUUGUGGUGCGCCAUCCUAUUUCAUGUUGCAUGUAAGUCAACAACUAAAAUUCACCAAUGGUGUGAACGAGAGUAAUCUGCCAGCUUUUAAACCAUACAAAGACUGAUCUCACAGGUUGUUUAUGGGAAGACUCUAUCUGUGAAUAACCUUCUCUUCCACAUGUAAAUUUGUGCCUUACACCCUGAGUUUUGUGUACUUGUGCGUUAUAGUUCCUAAACCUUCUCCUGACAUAGUUGCAGAUAUUUAUUUACCCAUACCCCCCAUUUCCUGACCAGUGCUUGCAGUGUCUUUUGGGAAUUUUGGAGGUUAUAACAUGGUAGUUUGGAGAAGAAUGUAGCGGUGAUACAAAACUCAAUCAUCCCUCAAACACUGCACCCGGUAAUUUUAUGUGAUCAUUCUAGAUGUGCCAAUUUUGUCCUUGGUCCGCCCUUGUGUCAUGCAGACAGUAUGUCCACUAUUGUGGGUGGCAUUUUCCUUUCCUAUCUUCUCCCUUCUACACACUCAUAUCAUUUCAGUAUGGUGAGAAUAUGCAUCAACUAAUGUACUGUCUUCAUGUCUGGUGUGCACACUGGAUGUAAUGCGGAAUGUGACUAGCGGCCUUCCGUAAGAACCGUCCUAACCACACUCACAGUAUAUAUGUACAGUCUGAAAUUAAGUUAGUUUAAUGCGGGCUGGCUCCUGCUGUAAUUGAAUACUGCUAAAAUAAAGAAAACCUGAAGGACGUUAUGUGGAAAAAAUCUCAAUAGGUGAAUUUUUUCCCCCUUUGCUUAGUGUAUGGGUAUAUUUAACAUAAUCAUGCUUUUGAGACCUUGUGUUUUUUUUUUGUUUGUUUUCUUGUAAACCUGAGAGAACAUUAUUUUGUGUUGGCCUUUAUACUAGUUUUUAUAGAUUUUUAUUUUUAAGACCCAUUAGGGUGUGAUUUUUUUUUCUCCAUUUUUUUUUAUUUUUUUUAGGAAAUCAAGAUGGUUUAGAACAUUGUGUAUAACAAGGGUGGUAGCAUAUCAUUCCAUUUUCUAUCUAUUGACUGACUUUUGUUUACUUUGUUUCCUGAGGUUUUCAACCCUUUUAUCUUCAUCAUGUUGACUCUGUUUGCAUUUACCAUUGUUUUCAGCACAUUAUUUAAUUUUCUUUUUUUUUUUUUUUCUGUUUAACUACUGGAAAAUGUUACUGAUGAUUCUCGGUGUGUCAGAGAGAGAUUUCUGUUCCUAGGCAAUUCAUCUACCCAGCUAUACUAGGAGGGGGUUCAUCUUUUUGCAUGUUACGCGCAUUAGGGAAGACAUAUAAUGAGCACGGAAGAGCCAAAUUAAUGUGAUAAUGUAGAAAAAGGUAACGAUUACUGUAAUAAAUGGAUAACAUCAUAGUUUCUUAUGAAUUAUUAAAGAAUCAGAAUGUGAUAAUACUUUUUGUAUAUAUGAUAGGUUAGCCGUACAUGUUGAAGACGUUAUACAUUGCUCGAAGAAUAGUUAAAUAAAGAAAAGUAGAUGUUCAUUUCCCUGUAGAGUGUUGUAAAGAUCCCUUACGAAAUCAUGAAAAAGGCUACAAGACAAAUUAUCAAACAGUCAUCACUAGGGUGAUCUUUAAUAUUAAAAGUAUACUGUGUACUUACUGAUUACAACAUACACUGCAUAGUUCAAUAUAUAAAUCAUAGGAAAUCCGCUCCUAUGUUUCUCCGGUGACAGAAUUUUUAUAAUUUAAGGCAAGGUUCACACUACGGAAUUUCCGACUGCUAUUCUGCUUUGAAAUUGCAGGCAGAAAUUCUGCUUACUAAAAUGUAUAGUGUAGUGAAUGGUUUUCCAUUCACAAAUUCACACUUCGGAAUUUGUGAAGCGGAAUUUGUCAACGAAAAAUCCACUUGGAAAUUUCCGCUUGAAGAAUGGCUUUGGUCAUUCUUCAGGCGGAAAUACUGGCGGAAACACAUUGCAUUCUAUUGGAGGCUGCAGUGUCUGAUUCAGUCGGCACUGGCAGCACUCGGAAUCUCCAUGUGGAAAUUUUCUGCCUGGAGAUUCCGCAGUGUGAACCUAGCCUUAAGGGUCACUUUUAUUCUGUCUGAACAUGUCAUCAUAUUGGUCCCUGCCGGCUUCUACCUGCCCCACUGGCCUUGUUUGACAGAUCUCUCCCUAUACCCAAACAGGGAGGAAUCGAUCAAUCAAGGCUGCUGGUGCACAAAGAAGUCAUUAGGUACCGCCCCUUUGACUCCUGGUUCAGGCAGCAUAAAAGUGAUGACCAGUCCCCUUUCACUAUGUCUUGAAAAGGAUUUGGAGCAGAAAAUUUUACUCACAUUUCUUUUAAAAAAUUCCUGGCAAUCUAUCGGCACAAAAUGUUGGGCUUUAAAAACAACAUAGUGUUUAAGGGUGACCCCCUUAAUGUCUAGAGGACUGACAUGAUUUUCCUGUCUAUUUGUAGAAAUAAUCUAGCCCACAGUGCAUUUAAGGCUAAGGAUCACUAAAAGUAUACUAAAAGGAAAUUGUAGAUUUACAUGUAUGUUUGUAGAGGCAAGAAAAAGUACAUGUAAACAAAAAUUUAUACUUAAAUUGAAUUAUUUUGUUUACCACAAAAUAAUGGAAUUUACCAAAAAAAAAUGUAAGAUGAAACUACUUUUUUUAGAGUACUUAUAGUAAGUAAAGUUUACACUGAUGGAAACAUUUGAACAUACAGUUUUUACACAAGUGGCUAUUUUUUAUUUCUUGCUGUAUUUAUUUCAAUCAGGUUUUAUUCUGUUUCGCAUAAACCUAUGUGUGCCUUUGCUAUCCACCCUUGCUAUACACUGAGAGAGUGAACAAAUUCAGGCUUCUAAUUGUGUAUUGUUGUAAGAUAUUGUGAUGUCACCAAAUUUUUUCUCCAUUUUCAUAUCCCUUAACAUCUGAUACACAAAUUAAUGUAAUGU